AUGCUACCGUAUUUAAAAUUUUAAUCUUAAUUUUAAUUUAUAGAAUGCAAUUAAUAAAAUGGAGCCUAAAUUAAAACUUUAAGAUGCUAAUUUGAGAGAGUUGAGGAGAGUUUAAUAAUUAUCCAGAAGAAUAUUACAUCAUGUCUUGGAGGGUUUGUAGAUCCAAUAACUGGAAAUUGUGUUAGUAAUUGUGGAAUCGGUAAAUAUGGAAAUAUCACCUUAGGUUUUAAUGGAAUGAUUGAAUAGACUCUAUGUUUGGACUGUGAUUCAACUUGUUUCGAAUGUUCUUCAAAAUAUUAAUGCUUAUCAUGCAAGUUUGGAUUUUACCUAGAUCUCAAAACUUAAACCUGUAAAUAAAAGAGUGGAUAACUAGAGACUACAAUAUAUGUUAAAUCUCAAGAAUAUAACAAUUAAUAUAAUGGUGAUGGCUCUAUAGAAUACCCUUUUCGUUCAAUUAUUGAUGCUCUUACAAAUUCGUAUGAAUUAGGAUCUCCUUAUGAAUCAGCAACCAUAACAAUUCUACUUUUUUCAAAUUAAAAUCACUCAAUGCUAAGAUAUGACACGAAAUAAAGAUUAUUUGUAAACAAAGAUAAGAAUGCUUAAUCGACUAAGAUUAUCAUUGAUACUGUAGAUCAUGUUUCUGUCAAAGUCUAUUACAAGAUGAGAGAUAAAUUUUAAUUCCUGGUGGGAGCUGGUCUAACAAUCAGGAAUAUUGAAUUUGAUGCUGAUAAGAAUUUUGCCAACUUACCAAUUAAAAAGAACAUCAGAUUAUAAUAUCUGAUUCUCAAAAUGGCUCAAAUAAUGAGCAACAAUUUGGUUCGAUAAUAAAGUUUGAUAUUAGUCAUGAAACUAUGCUGA